GUUUGCACUUGAAGUCGGCAGCCCCGCGGGAGCCGCAGCUGUUUCCUAUAUGACUGAUUAACGAAGAGGUUUCGGCUUUUGUUUGUGGGGCGUCACGUGGACCUGAGAGGGAAGCUGCUUCUGUUUGUUUAGAGAAAAUUUGACCGUAAAGAAAAGAACAAAAUUAUUUAAUUUCCAGUAGCUCGGGGAGGUUUAUGUGGUUGUUUUCAUCCCUCUGCGGUGUUUUAUUUCUGACUGGCUGAGCAAGAAGGAGAAAGAAAAUGGACGACGCAAGCAAACAGCCACAAUCAUUUGGGAGUGGACAGCAGAGAAAUCACCAUCCCAGACCAUUUUUCUACGUCCAGCCACCAUCUCAGCCUUACUACCUCUACCCACACUGGCAGCUCAACAAUCCAUACGGUCACUUCGGUCUGCCUGGAGCUUUUAACUUUGGCCGUCCCUGCAUGCACCCUUACCAAUACAUGCAGUACCCUGGCCUUGUUUUACCACAUGCUUCAAUAUAUCCACUGGAUUACAGGCGAAUAUUUGAGCCUCGCUUCCACGCUCCUGUCUGGGGCGACAUGCCUCGCCAGCAGCAGUGUUAUCCGCAGCCUCACGGCCGCCGGGAAACAGCCUGCUCGGAGGCCCAAACUGACCCCAGCGAUGCCAUAACCAAGCUCAUCGAAUGCCUGGAUAAAAUCCGAACCAACGAGCAGCAGGGCGCUGAGAGAGAACUCGACUCUGGAAUUGCAUCCCAGUCCUCAGGAAUGUUUUCUUCAGAAGAAGAGAAAAAGAAUGAAGAGCGGGGCCACAUCCUGCCUUCAGAGUCUGUUGCUGUGACCUUCAGUGAAUCCACUGCGGCUGAUGAGUCCAGCCAAAUGAUUUUAGACACCCUGAGCCCUCAGGGAUGCUGGGCAGGAAGGUUGGAAGAGGAGCUGCCCCUCGACAGCUCUUCUGUCCACGAGGAGUGUCCUGAGCAUGAGCCAUCAGCAGUAGACCAAGGCUUCCUCCAUCUUGGGAAAGAGAUCAUGGAUAUCCAGUCAGAUAUCUCAGUGAUCGAUCCAGCUGUUCCCAGAUAUGAUGCUGAGGAGCCCCGUAACUCCACUCCAGCUUCACCUAUAUUUUCCUCCAGUCAGUCAGCACUGAAGGAGGUCAAAAGCAGCGACCAUGUCUCAAAGGUAGAACAUCCAGCAGCAUCUUUAGAUGAAGCCAAAGCUGAUAGGAGCUACCAGAUCCUCAAGCUGCCAUUUGAUAAUGUUGUAACACCUGGAUCCGGUGGACCGGGCCGCCUCUGCUCCCCUGCUUCUCCUUACUGCUACAACUACUUAUCUAUGCAAACAACACACGAGCGCAUGAGUGUCCUCAGUCCAUCUCUGGAUGAGCUCUCCUCCAGAGAUGAAAUGUUCUCUACAGAUCUGGACGACGUGGACCUCUUUCCCAAGCAUGUGUACACAGGAAGGAGGCUCAAGGAGGUCAUCGGUGGAUCCCCUCAUGCUGCGGAGGAUGUGGAAGAAGUGUGGCGGCCGGGUACAAAGAGGUUUGUGUGCGCGUGUUGUGGGAAAAACCUCAGUAAAGGGACGGGCAGGAGCAAAGUCCAGAGUGCCAAGAUGUACAUGGAUGAACCUGGAGACUCUGAAGAGGAGGGCAGAUAUGGAAGAGGGUGCGAGCAGCCCAUCAGGGUAGUUGUGAGGAAGCAUUCUUCACCAAGGAAGACUCACCCUCUGCCACAAAGACAUGCAGCAAAGUCUUGGUAUAAAAGAGGCCUCCACAAAGAGCCUGCAGAUGCAGCGGAACAGGACGAAAACCGAGACGGCCGCAAGCAAGAGCCAGCUGAACGUGAAGCUGGAGAGAUGGACAGUAGUGAGCUUCAGUGUCGGACCUGUCAGGACAGACACUGCAGGGAAGUUCUGACAGAUGAUGUGAUUCCCAGGAGGCGACAAGAAAUGAGCACUCAGUGGAAAGUGAUGUACCACAGGCCCAGAGAUGACGACCGCGAUGACGACGAGCUGCCACUGCACUGGGAGAGAGGCUCUACGAUGAGAGGAGAACCGAGAUGUUGACGCAUCUCGACCAGCCGUUGAAUAAAGUUUGUGUUACUGUCCCCCCAAAGGCUGUAAAUGUUUAAGGAUGAUGUGUUUGGAGAUAUUUAGAGCACAAGGUGAAAUGCACUGCACAGGAGGCCUAUUUCUGUUUGAAAAAAGUAAAAAAGAAAAAAAAAAGAAAAGUGAACCUCGGUGACACGGUCUUGCACUAUUCAUGAUUAACAGAUUUCACAGAGGUUACAGCUGGUGGUGUGUCAUUCUUUGGGGCC